AUGAGCCGGUCCGACCGAGUGAAAGCGAAAGUGCUGACCCAGCAAGAAGCUGCUCGACAUAUGGUUUCUGCGACUUGCAAACAUCGGAGAAAAAAUGACGUUGGAAGAACAACAAACAUCUUUAUUCUAAACUUGAAUUCGAGAGGCGCAAUUGAAAUGCCGGAAGCCUUUUUCAAGGGAGGAGGCAUUUUUGACGAGGUGCAAUUUGCCACAUUGCUGAAAAAUACUCCAAAUGUGGGCAAUGGCGAUGAAACCGAUGAAAAAGAUGUCGAUGAAACCGAUGAAAAAGAUGGCGAAGAAACCGAGCAAGUUGGCGAGGAUCAGGUGGAAGCAGCAGAAGUUCAAAAAGAGGAGGAUUCAAACGAGAAGAUGUCGACUGGAGAAGCCAAUGUCAAUGAGGAUGAAACCGAGCAAGUUGGCGAGGAUGUCGGUGAAGCAACUGAAGGUCGGAAAAAGGAGGUUACUAACGAUGGUGAAGUUGUUGUCGUACCAGACAACGCCGUCCAAGAUGAUGUGGAAAACGCCCGGUCUUCUGAUCAAGACGAAUCCUUCGAUUUCCACUUCACUGAGGACAUCAAGUUGGCCGAAUCCGUCGAAAAUCUGUCACUCGGUAAUGGACAAAAUGAUGCAUCAACUGACGAUUCUUACACCACCGCACCGGAAUCCGAGGCUCCAGAAGAAGCAGUCAGCGUUCCUGUGGUCGACCAGAGCGCUGAUUCAUCGGCUUCUCUGGCCUCCAUCCCCGAUAUCGUUGAUCUUGGUGAAGACAAUGAAUUCCUGGACGAGAGCUUCUAUACCCCAACAGAAGAAGAAGAGCUUCCGGUUUCUGCUCCAAACUCUCCCAUAUUCUCACAAAUGCUCAACUCGUUUGACAUGGACAAUACAUUGACUGUAUUCGAAAAAGCCAACAGAGAAAUGCGAGCAUUGAAGGAGGAGGAAGUUCUCAAUUUGUUGGAGUUUGCACAGAAGAGGCUGAACGAGGAGGAAAACCUGAUCAAGGUUGCAAACAAAAUUGUCGCAGUUGGAGACCUUCACGGCGACUACACCGUUAUGGAGCUAAACUUCACUACUACAAAAUUGCAGACAUCUUUUCAACAAGUAUGUUCUUCCUCUGCUUGA